CGCACCAGUAUCGUGCGAGAACAGCAACAAUCGCACCGAUCUGUUCGUUUAUCAGGGAUCAGUCCAGUCACUUUUGGCAGAGAAAUUUGCAAAGCAAACUGAAUCUGUGUGUAUAAGACAAAAGGAUCAACGUCUCAAACUGGCAUGGCUGAUGAUGAAAGACAGAAGAAAUAUGCAGUACCAAUCUACGGGGUUGCAUGGGUCCCACAUUGUGCAAUAAGAUCCGCUUCCAAACAGAUGCCAGAUGGAGAUGGUGGCAGUAAGGAUACCGCUGAUGACCCGUCAUCACUCCCUGCCCACAACUAUGUUGCCUUGGCCGGAGGGGGUGGUGAAGGGCGUAGCGGCAUCCCAAAUGCUAUUCUUCUUGUUCAAGUAGACUUCAAUUCCUACCUUUUAUCCGAUCAACCGGUGGCAAGGCUUGGAACUGGUACUGAUCUGCCUUAUAGGAUUGCUGCACACCCUGGAGGAGAAGGUCUCAUUUGUUCUUUUCCAGAAAAUUGCAGAUGGUUCGAGUGGGAUGCGAUAAAAAAAUCAGAUGAUAGUGCAUUGACCCUAAAAUCAUCCGAGAGAGUUCUUAAACACUUGGAAGACAUUGGUCAGCAAUUAGCACUAACAUUUAACAGUGAGGGUUCUCUACUUGCUGUUGGUGGUGAGAAUGGCAAGCUAAGAGUUUUCAAAUGGCCUAGCAUGGAAAUUAUUAUUGAUGAGAUGGAUGAUGAUUCUGUAAAAGAUUUAGAUUUCAGCCCUGAUGGCAAAUUUCUUGCAUCUGUGGGAAGUGGCUGUUGUAGGGUUUGGAAUGUCUCAACAUUAGCAUCCGUGAUUUCUUUGCAGAAGAAAGAUGAUGAGAAGUUUGGCUUUUGUAGGUUUUCACGAAGUAGUGACCAUAACCAGACAAUCUAUGUCACUGCAACACGGGCUCAAGGAGGAAGUAUUGUGGAAUGGAGCACCUCUUCGUGGGAGAGGAUGAGGUCAAAGUUGGUUGCUGGUGAACCAAUUUCAGCCUUUAAUGUUUCAGCUGAUGGGAAGCUCCUUGCAAUUGGGACCAGUGAAGGCAAUGUUCGUAUCUUGAGGGCCGGCAACAUGGGGGCACUUAAGACUAUUAAGAAAGCACAUAUUGGUCCCACGACCGCAUUAGCAUUUUCUGAUGAUUCAAGGGCUUUGCUCUCUGUGUCGAUGGAUUCAAGUGCAAGGGUGACACUUAUCACUGACAAUGGCAGUAAAAAUGGACUCAGCUUAUGGAUCAUUCUUUUCGUCAUUUUACUGGCAAUGGCUGUAUACUAUGCAAAACAUGAAGGGAAACUCCCAUGGCUGCCCGAUUUCUUGGUCAAAUUAUAGACAAUAGCUAAGAAAAUCUGGGCUGAAUGGGUUUUCUCCUCUUAAAAUAGAUAUGAAUAAGUUUUGCACUUGAAAGAUUGAGACCCUUUGUAUGCUUUAGGUUGUACUUGCAUCAUAAGGUUAUGCACUUACAUUGAUGUUAUUAUGCACUAUUCAUCUACUCGUUUUAGUAAGCCUUUUUUCCCUAAAAUGUACCAAAUCACCAAUUAUUCUCUUUUGGACUUGAUGACAGCUUUUCAGUUUUCAAUGCAAAACUGAAAUUUACCAAAUUUGUUAAAUUUGUAUUACACAUUAAUGCAAUGAAAUAAAAUUUUAAAGUUUUU